AAAACACUUCUGAUCUGAUGGGACGAAACUGACUUGAGUCACCCCAUCAGUGAUCGCCCUAAGGAAGGUUUGACACGUGAAUUGAUCAAACAGGUCGAUCGACAACGGUUGGGUGUCAUGUUUAGGAGGGACGAGUAGAGUUAUUUAAUACAGACACGAUGUUCUCACGACGGCCGCCCGGUAAAAAAGAACUGGUGUUCCGGGAGCUCUCUGUCAACAGAGGCGACAGUCCUGCUGUAAAUCAAGUUCAUGGACGUGUGAGGCCCGGGGAGCUCAUGGCGGUUCUUGGUCUUAGCGGUUGUGGCAAAACCUCUUUGAUGUACGCCUUGGGGGGAAGAGUACCUAUCACUUCCGGUCAAAUCCACCUCGGAGGUGACCCGCUUGGAAGCAGACGACAGGAGCUCGCCAUAGUUGCAGCAGACGACAUCUUUCUUCCUUUGUUGACAGUCAAGGAAACUGUGCAGUAUGACGCGUCCCUACGUUUACCGUCGUUGAUGUCGCCGUCUGAAAGGGAUGAGAGAGCCGACAAAGUUAUUGAGUUCUUCGGACUCAAGCAAUACAUUGUCUUAGGUGCGCAAUUCACAUCACCAAUGGUAAAACGGCGUCUCAGCUUAGCGUGUGAGAUGUUGACUGAUCCGUCUGUCCUGCUGGUAGAUGAGCCUUUUUCUGGGCUAAGUUUUGAGGAAUCCAUACGUCUUACGAGAAAUCUGAAAUAUUUAGCAGAAAGCUUGGACAAGAUUGUUGUCAUAGCAACCGAGAGCGUUAGCAGCGCUAUAUACCAGAUGUGUUCCAAAGUGAUCUUCCUGUAUGCAGGCGAGGUGGUGUAUUCUGGGGAGACAUCUAUGUUGACGGAACAACUACAGGCAGUCGACAUUACAUGCCCAGUCAACACCAACAUGGCGGAUUUCGUAUUAGAACUCAUUACAAGCGAGGAUCAUAGUGAUGACACCAGUCGCCUCAGAAUAUUUAUCAAGGCAGUUCGGCAAUGGAAAGACCACUGUGGAGACGUAGUGCAUAACGGCAUGGAAUGUCUCAAAACAUCGCUCACUGUCGGAGAGGCCAGGACACGCUUAAAGAACAGCAUCCAUGCCAGGGAUAAAGAUGAAAUAUCCCUCAUGAUAGACUCAAAACCAACCGACACGUCAGAGCAACACCGGAAUCAAACACGUCCGACGUCAUUUUGGAAUCAGCUGUCUACGCUGACGUCACGCAACUUCCGGAAUGCGCGACGUCGGAUUUUAAACCCAAUCAGCAUCCUCCAGAAUACCUACAUUCUGGUGGUUUGUGUCCUUAUAUGGUGGCGACCAGAGAGGGUAGAAAGCAAGGUCAUGGACAGGAUGGGGCUGUUUUUCUUUACGACUGUUCAAUGGGCAUUCUUUGCACUGCUCGAUGCUGUGUUCACCUUCCCUAAGGAGCUGAAGGUGGUGACGAGGGAGAGAGCCCAGGGCGUGUACGGAGUGACCGCCUACUGUCUCGCCAAGAGCAUCAGCGAGUUGCCCCUCACAAUACUCCAGCCUUGUGUAUACAUGUGCGUCAUGUACUGGGUCGCCAACCUCAACAGCGUCACCGCCUUCGUCAAGUCCGUCGGCGUCGUCAUCGCUGAUGUCUAUGCGGCACAGAGUAUUGGCCUGUUUCUUGGCACGGUGUUAAACCCGCCGUGGACUGUCACCGUGAUGUCGCUGGGGCUGCUGUCCAUGAUGUUGCUCGGUGGUGCGUUCAACACUCCCCCUCCGUGGCUGCAAUGGGGGAAAUAUGCCUCUUUCUUCCACUAUGGUCUCCAGUCCUUCAUCUCUCUCGAAUUCUCGGAUGCCCAGCCUAUAAGGUGUUCAGAGAACGGAAGCAUGAUAGCGCUGUGUGGGGUCGUGGAUCUGGCUUCCAACACAACUUCAACACAGUUUCCGGCGGAAGUAGUACUGAGGAUGAACAACAUCGACUGGCCCGCCUGGGCCUACGUGUCAGUGCUUUUAUCUGUUAUGCUUAUUAUGAGGGUCCUGUGGUACAUCGCCCUAAGGUUUUACAGGAAACCUGCGACAUGGUAGACUCAGACCUUAACAACAUGACUCCUGUUUUCCUUCAUUUGUUUGUAAUGUUAUGUGCCCCCGUCCAGGUUCAGCGAAAGUUAAUCAUACCUUCAACCCGACUUAUGCUCGAUCGAUGUGCGCUUCUUAAAAUGUGAACAUAAUGUCAUACGUGUAUUUAUGUACAGUGUUUAAUCAGAUAGAGAGAGGUCUUUUGUACAUCGCAUAUGCAGCAAUAAAACUUCACUUGAUUUUAAUCUUA